UGAGUUACCCGCCGGACGCAUGUGGUGUGCAGUUUGCAGGUUACCGCGUGUUUUCUGUGACAGAAAAAAAGUCUUUUGCAGGCAACUAUUUAUGAAGUAUAUGUUUUAAAGAAAAACAAACGAUCUCAGUGGUUUGUGUGAAGAAUUUGAUCAUGACAAUAGUGGUUCUGCGUUUGCAAGGUUUAAACACAGAGGCAGGAUCUGAAGAUAUUCGCAGAUUUUUCCAUGGCUUGCACAUACCUGAGGGUGGCGUUCAUAUCAUCGGUGGUGCGAUGGGUGAAGCUUUCAUUAUUUUUAAUACAGAGAGAGAAGGCCAACUAGCCAUGCGCUACUCUGGAAAACUCCUCAAAGGCUCCUCUAUUUCAUUACAUAUCAGCAGUCUGCCUGAGUUAAAGAGAAUAAUGGAGUCGAGAUUGAGGAAACCAAAGUCAACAGUUGAGACCAAAAUAGUGCCAUCAUCGCCAUCUGACACCAAUGCAGCUCUUUUGCUUAGUCUAAUGGCUGCUAUUCACGGGCCGCAUUCAGACAACAAAGUUAAUCGGCUAAGUCAGGCACUCCAAACACCUGAAGAUAUCAACCAAAACAUUCCAAAAAUACAUAAUCAUUCCACAACUGACAACCAAACAAAUGCAGAUGCUCAGCAUAGUGUUACUUAUGACUUUGCAUCUAAGGAGCAGAAAAGCAGAGGAGAAAACCUCAAUAUCUGUAAGCCAGGGUACCUUCGGCUUUAUGGAUUUCCUGACUCUGUUGCCGAACAAGAAAUCUACCAGUUCCUACGGGGACUCCCAGUGCUGGAGGUCAUUACGAAAGUUCGACUGGAACUGGGCUGGUGCUGUAUGGCAAAGCUGGCAAGUUUUGCAGAUGCAGAGGAAGGGCUGAAAUACAGCCACAGAAAAUUCAAAGAAUUCAAUGUUGAGGUCAGAUUUGCCCAUGAGAAGAUGUGGACAGAAGCCAUGGAGCAGUCCAAAAAUUGCAUGCAAAACAUCAAGCCUCACACUUUCUCAGAGCAAAAGGAGGUCAACACAGAUAGGAAUGCAAUUAGAGGUUUCUUAAACAAAAGAAAUGCAGAAGAACAGCCCUCACCAGGAUCUCCAAAAAAAUUCUGCAGGAACUUUCCAUCCCCUCAAACUGAACAAUCUGUAAUUGUCAAUAAUCUUUCAAAGAAUAUAACCAAGACGGAGAUCAAGGAGAUUUUCGGCUGUCCAGCACUCCCAAAUCAUAGAAUAAAACAUUUAUUAAACAAGUGGGGAGAGAGGACAAGCACUGCGUUCAUUACCUUUGAGCAUGCAGAAGACUACGCAUCAGCUCUGAACAUGAAUGGCACUACUGUUGGCUUAAAAAACAUUGAAGUGUCAUCCAUUACUAAAGAUGAAAUCUUUGCCAUAGUCAGCAGAAACCGAUGUGUCUGGAGGCCACCGCCUUAUGGAAAGAAACAUUUAGCCAUGUCGUGUAUAUAUGCACGCAAUUUUCCUGCAGAUAUCAGGAAACAAGAGGUGAAAGAUUUUUUCAUGCGCUUUAACAUCUGUGACAAUGCAAUCAUAUUGCUUGUGGACAGCCAGGGCAAUGGCGUUGGGGAAGCCAUCGUGCAGUUUGGAUGUCAGGAAGUCGCCACACAAGCCCAGAGUCUUCAUGGAAAGUAUUUUAUGGGAGCAAAAAUUCUACUCACCUGCAUCACACGUCAACAGAUGGAGAAGAUACUUGGCACAUGUUGAACACCUGGAGAUGUGAGAUGUUUUCAGCACCUUCAGACACCAGAAGUGGUGUAAAAUCUAUGUUAAUGAUGAGGACAAUUCAUUCAUUUGAAGAACUCUAACAAGCUUCUCAUGCCAAAUGUUGUAGAAAUUUGGCACUCUGGCAUGCAAUGUGCUCAAGCAAUAUUAUGGGUACAACAAUUGAAGAUGCCCAGUCAAGAUUUUGAGUACCACAUGGAAUGAG